GGAACGACCACCUCCUCUCCCACAGCUCCUCAUUCUCGCAGAAACGGCCUCAGCGAACUAAUUCCAGAUGUUGAACGUAAACCAGCCCAAGCAGGACAGAGGAUACAUACCCCUCGCCGACCAUGGCCUGAUCGGAAACCUCCGUACUGCUGCCCUGAUCAGCACCGACGGUUCCGUGGAAAGUUAUUGUGUACCCAACUUUGACUCUCCCUCCGUCUUUGCUCGUAUUCUCGACAAGGACAAGGGAGGGCACUUCUCUGUCACGCCCACAGACGCUUUCACAACCAAACAGAGCUACCUACCGAACUCUAACAUUCUACAAACCAAAUUUCUCAAUGAACAAGGAGUGGCUACCGUCACAGAUUUCCUGCCUCGCCAGCCUAGCAGCGCGACCGCCCGCCCUCUCCUCGCAUGGCUCAUCCGCCGCGUCGAGGUCAUCCGCGGUUCCAUGCGCCUCCGCGUCGAAUGCGCGCCCGCAUUCAACUACGCCCGCUCCACGCACACGACCGACAUCCUCCUCGACACAUCCGUCGCGCUCUCCCUCACCCCAGUCCCGCACGGCGGCCACAACAAGGCACUCUUCGCCUCCAAAGACGCAGAUCUGACCCUCGAUCUGCGCUACAUCGCCGAGUCCGGGCUCGAGAACGUGUCCGAGCCGGGGGUUGAGCUGAACCUGCUCGACCUCAGCGAGAAGGGGCACAAGGGCCCUGCGGUGUGGACCGAGCUCGAGCUGAGGGAGGGACAGGCGGUCACGUUUGUGUUGAGGACGCCCCCUGAGGGGAAGUUGCCGCCCCAGGCUCAGCCGACGCAUAAGACUGCCGAGGAGAUGGGCAUUCCGUAUGAGAAACUGGUCGCCGGCGCGUCGACGCUGCGCCCCUUAGAUGACCCCAUCCUCACCAAGACUCUCCUCCGCGAGCUCCUCGAGCAAACGAACAACUACUGGAACGCGUGGAUCCGGCGCUCGACAUACACCGGGUCCUGGAAGGAGGCCGUGAACCGCAGCGCGCUCGCGCUCAAGCUGCUCAUCUACGAGCCGACUGGGGCUGUCGUCGCGAGCCCCACGUUCAGCCUGCCCGAGUACAUCGGCGGCACGCGCAACUGGGACUAUCGGGCGUCGUGGAUCCGUGACUCGUCGUUCACGCUAUAUGCGCUCAUCCGGCUCGGGUUUACCCAUGAGGCCAAUGCAUACAUGGAGUUCAUCUUCGAGCGCGUCCGGUCGCGCGAUCCGGAUGGCUCGCUCAAGAUCAUGUACACUAUCCACGGCGAGAAGGAGUUCCCGGAGGAAGAACUUACGCAUUUGGACGGGCAUAAGGGUUCCAAGCCUGUUCGAAUCGGCAACGGAGCGAUUGACCAUGUGCAAUUAGACAUUUACGGUGAACUGAUGGAUUGUAUCUACCUCUCUCAGAAGCAUGGCCGUCCUCUGGGGUAUGACACUUGGGUUGCCGUCCGAGAUAUCGUCGAAUACGUGAUCUCGCACAUUGGGGACCCGGACUUGUCGAUUUGGGAAGUCCGAAACCGACACAGACAUUUCACUUACUCCAAGGUCAUGAUGUGGGUCGCCAUAGAUCGAGGCAUCCGCCUCGCGGAGAAACGCUCCCUCCCGUGCCCGCGGCGCAACGAGUGGUACGCCGCGCGCGACGCGCUGUACGAGGAGAUCAUGCACAAGGCGUGGAACCCCAAGAAGCGCUUCUUCGCGCAGAGCUACGAGGACCUUGAGAUCCUCGACUCCGCGCUGCUCAUCAUGCCGCUCGUCUUUUUCUCUACUCCGUCGGACCCGAGGUUCUUGAACACGCUGAAGCAGAUCUUACUCAGCCCCGAGAGAGGUGGGCUGACGUCCAACGGCCUCGUGUACCGCUACGACGUCUCCAAGACAGACGACGGCGUCGGCGGCGAAGAAGGCACCUUCUGCCUCUGCACGCUCUGGUGCGUCGAGGCGCUCGCGCGGGCGGGCGAGUACGACAAGACGAUGCUCGCGAAGGCCGUCGCGAUGUUCGAGGACUUCCUGCAGUACACGAACCACCUCGGCCUCUGCACGGAGGAGAUCUCGGACGCGGGCGAAGCGCUGGGAAAUGCGGUGCAAGGCUUCACACACGUUACGCUCAUCUCUGCGGCGUACAAUUUGUCGCGAAUGCGCACAAAGAGUGGCGCGUCGUUCUGAGGGGAAACGUGCUCCCAGACCAUACUCGAGAACGGUACAAGAAUGUAACCAUAGUAUGCAGCGUCGCGAGAGAAAUAUUCACAGGACAGAUGACGCGUAGUGCGUAC